GUAUUUUUGAUUUUAAGGUAAAGGAAAAAAUCCAGUUUGUGAAGUCCAUUUGUGCAUUUGCAGAUAGAAGCCUGCCUGCCAUGGAUAGGCUUCUAUCAUCUUCUUCACCUCCUUCUCUCAAAACCCUCAACCUCAAGCCUUUUCCAUUUCUCAAUCGAUCUCAAUCUGCCAGAUUCAAUUUCUUCCCAUCAACACGUUCUUACCUCAAGCGUGGCACCUCAAUUUGUUGCAACCACCAAAACCCUUCUCCAUUUACCUCUUCUAGUCCCAUUCUCGCAUCCAAACAGCCCAAUAAUCUUCCAUCUCUCUCGUCUUCUCCUGAUAGGUCCUCACCCGAACCCAAUUCUCUCACUCAGAUCUCAACUGGAACUGGAACUGGGGCUUCCCAAAAACCAAAGGCACUAACAGCUCGGACACUUGUAAUACUCUCUGCUCUUGUCACGAUCUUAAUCCAACCAGCUAUUGCCCCAGCAGCUUUUGCAACAUUUCAAACUGCUGCCAAUGCCGGAGGUGCAGUUGGUGGAAAACUAAUCCGCACUGAGCUCCUAAGCAGUGCUUGGACUGGCUUCUUUGCUGGUUGCUUGCACACCUUAUCAGGGCCUGACCACCUUGCCGCUUUGGCUCCAUUAUCAAUUGGUCGCACCCGAAUGGAGAGUGCUGCUGUGGGAGCCCUUUGGGGUUGUGGCCAUGAUGCUGGUCAGGUCAUAUUUGGCUUAAUAUUUUUAAUCCUGAAGGAUCGACUUCACAUUGAAAUUAUUCGAACUUGGGGCACUAGAGUGGUGGGCUUUACCCUGCUAGUAAUUGGUGCUAUGGGAAUUAGAGAAGCUUCAGAAGCGGCUGCACCCUCUGUUGCCUUAGAAAAUGGUGAAGGUGAUGUAAACGUCUAUGAAUCACUUGAUAAUCCAAAAACACGAAAGAAGAAGAUUGGUUUUGCUACUUUUGCCACCGGGAUAGUUCAUGGUUUGCAACCAGAUGCAUUGAUGAUGGUGUUGCCUGCCCUUGCUUUGCCUUCUCGUUUGGCUGGUGCUGCAUUUCUCAUCAUGUUCUUAUUUGGAACUGUAAUUGCAAUGGGAAGCUAUACAGUAUUCAUAGGGUCAUGUAGCGAGGCCCUUAAGGAUAAAGUACCUAGGAUAACUGAGAAACUCACUUGGGCAUCUUCUCUUAUUGCUAUAGCCCUUGGAUUUGCGAUCAUUAUUAGCCAGUUUUUUGGGUUUAGUCUGUAUUAGCACAUCCUUAAUCAGCAAGGAGUUAAUUUUUUUACGAACGUCGUUUUGGUGUCAAGAAAAAGUAGAGACUUUAGAGAAAAAAUUGUUUGUUUAGUGCAAGUUCAUUAUCCACGCAGCAUGUGAAAUUGAUUGUUCUGAAUUGUUAUAUUUUGCUUUUGAAUAUGUAUAACUAUAUGUAAGUUUAAUGAUUCUGCAGCUGAGAACAGGGUAGCUUAUUUAUCAUUAUUAAUUGAAUUUAUUGUACCAAUAUAUGUGGGAGUUUUACA